CUGUGUGCAUGUCUUAAAAAAUGGCGAAUGAUAAAUUUUUGUUCAUUGAUUGAAAGCAAAGUCCUCUAGUAUAAUUUAUUUUGUUUAGUAUUUAUUGGUGUAACCGUGAAUAUUUAAUAAGAAUGGCUGACGCUAUAGUAGAGCGUAGACCAAAUACUCGUUUCUUCUGUCACAGGUGUCUUGUAGAAUUUGAAGAUGUUCUUCAGGAAUUCAUAUGUCCCUACUGUGAAGGAGGAUUCAUAGAACAGUUAGAAGAAGCAGAAGGGAUACCGUUGUCAGGAGGAGAUGACUACAGUGAUGCUGAUAUGAGUAAUAUAGAGGAUAUGAGCAAUGUUGACGAGAUGAGCAAUUUGGAUGAUUCUGAUGAAGUUCAUAGAAGCACACCACCAAUGCUGAAUGAUUUAGCAUUUUUGAUGUCCGGAGGUCGAUUACGUGGUAUAGGAACUGGAACAGCUUCAACCAAUAGUUCAGCAACAGGAACUGGUAACAAUGCGGGUAACGGUACAAACACGACAAGAAGGCCAACUGUGAUGGAUGAGUUAAUUUGGAUGGUUAGUGGUGGCCGACCACCUGCUGGGGCUAUGACAGCAGGAGCUCCAUUCGUCCUAGUGGGAACACCGGGAGACUAUGUGUUUGGUGGCGAAGGUUUGGACGCAGUGGUCACUCAGCUGCUCGGCCAGCUCGAGCACUCUGGUCCCCCUCCUUUGCCGCGCGAACGUCUCGCAGCCCUGCCUACCGAACAAGUCACAGCGGAGCAGGCGGCCGCCAAUACCGCAUGUUCUGUUUGCUGGGAAAACUUUCAACUAGGCGAGACGACCGCCCGGCUCGAGUGCGAGCACGUGUUCCACCAGUCGUGCAUCACGCCGUGGCUGCAGCUGCACGCCACGUGCCCCAUCUGCCGGCGCUCGCUGCUGCCGCCGGGCGAGCCGCCCGCGCCGCCCGCGCGCCCCGACCCCGCCGCGCCCGCCGUGCCCGCGCGCUCCGCCGCCACCCUCAACACCGCCCGCACCGCGAACCCGCAGACUCAGAUUCGAUUAGCUCCAAGAGUAGUCAUUCGUCGCGCAACUGGACCACUCUCGGCCGUAAUCCGACGGUUUCCAUCCCAAACGCACACUUGGGACUCCCUCAACAAUACAAGCACGUCCGGAUCGUCACCUGCUUCUUCGGUCACAGCGGGAGGCAUUUGGGCGCCACAGACACGGACCACCAACUCCAGCGGCUCUAACAACUCAUCUACAUCUCUCAACUCCAAUGACAGAGACCUACAGUACAACACAGACAUUGAUUACGACUAAAUCGAAAUGAAUAGCGCUAAUAGUUGUUCAGUGCUGGUUUAGUGUUCAGACUUGUGAAAGUGACUCAUUGAAGUGUACACCUUAGUGUGGAUAUAGAUAGCCAUUGUGUAAGCUACUCAAUAUGUAUUGAUUAUUUUAGAUAUACACCGUAUGGAAGU